AUGCCAGACAAUGCAGAUGAUAUUUGGAUAUCACAGAGUUUGAGCCCUAUCUUUAGAAUUCAAUUUAUCGAUAGUGUUACUAUUGAGAAUUUAAUAUUUGAAUAUUCCAUAGAGGACUUUGUAGACUACUGGGCAGUUAAUUAUUGUUUAGUUAACAAUUGCACAUUUAGACAUGGUGGUAAGAAAUGGGUCUAUUUAGCUGGAAUUAAAGACAAUAAUAUUACUAAAAAUGUCAUUUACGACACGGGCGCUCAAUCAGCGACGCUUAUGUGUGGUAACAUCUCUCAGUUAGUAAGAGGAGAGUGUUAUAUGGAACAUAAUUAUGCCAACACUUCAUCACAAAUACAAUUUACAUUCAUCCCAGCAUUUUACAUUCAAGGUUGUGGAAAUUACAUGAAACACAAUUUAGUUGAAAAUGUUCCACAUUUAGGGUAUCUCUACCAUGGUCCUGAAAUUGAAAUUUCAUACAAUGAAGCAAUCAAUAUCUGUAACAGUGCAUCAGACUGUGGGGCCUUAUAUACUGGCGCGCAUUUAGAGUAUCGAGGAGGUUCUAUUAAAUAUAACUUCUUCCAUGAUUCUAAAGGCUUUGGGCAACCCGGUGGAGGGUCUUUUGUUCUUGGAAUAUACAUCGACGACAACAUGAGUGGUCAAGAGAUCUUUGGAAACAUCGUCGCCAAUUUUGUUGGGAAUGGCAUUCACCACGGUGGUGGACGUGAAAAUAAUAUAUAUAAUAACAUAUUCUAUAACUGCACUUUUGGGUAUUAUGGCGAUGCUCGUGGGCCUUAUCGAUACCACUAUGAAAAGGGUGCAACAUAUAAUUUACUUGAAAAUAUGGACAAUAAUGGAGUUGAUAGAUAUAACCCACCUUGGAGUACCAAAUACCCCUCAUUAAGCAGACUCCCUAGAACAAAUGAAGAAUUGAAGAAACCAGAAAAUCAACACUGGAUUUUGCCAGAAGAGUGUGAUAUUUGGUGUAAUGUAAUGUAUGCAUCAACUAAUAAAGAUGCUGGAUAUCAAGAUGGCGUUGAAAAAAUAAUAAGAAGAUGGGAAUGGAACACCAAUUCGAGUCAAGACCCAAUGUUCUAUGAUGCAUCUAACUUGGACUUCAGAAUGAGAGAAAAUGGGGAAAUUUAUAAGUAUAACUGUUGGAAGGAAAUACCUGUUGAGUACAUUGGAAUUGAUAAAAAAGAUGGGUGCAAAAAUGUGUUGAAGAAUUUACUAAUUAUUGCCGUGGUACUAUUUUCAAUUUUCUAA